ACACCUCUGACCAAAUCCUAAUCGCACCUAUCUCCCUCCUUCCUCCUCCCGCCUCCCUUGUCGCUUGCUGUGGAGUUCGCAACAUCUGGAUCGCACGCAAAAAGAAAGGUGUCCGUAGGACACCUCCUUGCUCGUGUGCGUCAUCCAAAUGGCCAAGCUGUUGCAGCGCCAGAACUCCGAUCUGGCGUACCAAAAGAAAUGCUCAGGGUGUCUGUGGGGUUUCCGUCAGUUCUUUGAUUUCCACCAGCGUCUUCGUAUCAGAAAGAUGCUCACAGACCGGAACCAUGGUGAUGGCAAAAGUUAUGCAGGAAUUGAAACUCCAAAAUCACUUGUUCCUUCAACUGUCAAGAAACAUGACAUUGUGAAAAGUGAAACAAACAUCCUGAUAGGAAACAAAGGUAACACUACAAAAAGAAGGCGAAGCAAGGGACACAUGAGAGCUUUAUUUUUCAAAACAUUGGCCAGGAAACAAAAUGAGAAAUGGAAAACAUCACCUGUAACCAGACAGUUGCUGCGUACAAUUUCCAUCCAUCAUUUAGAGUGUGAUGAUUAUGUUCUUCAUGAUGAAGUAACUUCUGAUAAUGAACCUUCAACAAUUGAAUUAAGUCCACAUGAGUCUGAUUCUUCUGCAGCCAGCAAACAUGUUCCACUGUCACCCAGUGGCUCAGAUGGGCCUAUUUUUGGUAAAAUGUCUGAGUGUAGGGCCAUGAAUACUGUAAAUCAUGUGGACGAUAACCUUGUUUAUGAGCUUGGAGAUCAUUCAGUAGAGAAGCAAGGAAGACUAGUAGAAAAGAUAAAUGGAGCAAAUGAAUCCUUAUCAAAGCAGAAGCAUGUGGAUGCAAAAAGAUUGGGAAGAGAUGCGGUUAUCCAGUCAAGUUUUUUCAUCAAUUCGUUGGAGUUAUUCAGGACAGACAGGGACUUAUUUAUAAAAUUACUUGAAGAUCAAAACUUUGUCCAGGAAAAUUUUUUAUGGUGUCGUCAUAGUUCCAGUACAAAGAAAUUAUUAACCCACUCUAGUUCAUUCCCACGAGCAGGCUUGUCGGGAGGGAAAGCUGGUCCAUCCAGACGUAAUCAUAAGUGGAAGGAAAGCGAAUUGUUUGUCAACCAAGAAAAGAAGUCCCAGCUUGGGAAUACACCUUCAAUUUCAAGCACCAUGAGUAAGGGUGCUAUGACAUCAAAGGCUGGUAUUAAAGUUGAUAUUCUGAAAUCAGAAUUUGCAACUAUGGAUGCUUCUGUAGUUGGUUCUAGUUCUGAGGUUUUACCUGGUUCUACUCAUGAACUGAAAAGCCAGAGGGAUCAUGGGACUGUUUUAAAUCACUUCAAGGACCUUCAACAGAGAACAGAAAAUGUGGUAAACAAGAAUAGGAAGGCGAAUCAUCGGAUUUCAAUGGAUGGAAUUCUCCAUAAAGUCCCUUAUGGACAGAAGGUAACCGAGGAUGUGAUGAAAGAAAAGUUGUGUCGGUCUGCCUCGGCUGGAUAUGACAGAGACAACCCAAGAGAUAAUAUUGGCAUUUCUGCUAACAGGUAUCUGCAUCAAAGUAUUCAAAGGUCUCGCUCUCUUACUGAAUCCCUAGAUAGGUAUUCUCAUUUGCUUGAGUCCAUUUCAACCAAAGAAUCCAAAAGGUUGCCUGAGAGCUUGAAGUCAAGCAAUGAAGACGGUGGCUUGCAGCAUAGGAAGACCCUGAAAACCUCUGCUAGAAUUUUUUCUAAUCCUGAAUUUUUGAGCUCACAUUCGUUUAGUGAAGAUGUGCAAAGUGAAGUAUUUUGUGCGGCAUUGUCAUCAGAGGUAUCAGCUACUAGUUUUCUGGAUAGUGAUGUGGCAGUUAAUAUCCAUAGUUUUCUUGGGCCAGAGUCUGUGGGUACCCUUGUGCACGCAAAGCAGAUCAAGGAAUCAGAUACUACAGAACAUAGUAUAGAUAUAAAUGUUAGUGGGAUAACAGAUGAAAGUCUAGAAUGUCCUUUAUUAACGAACGAGCAUGACCAAAGUGACAUAGGUAAGGUUUCAUAUCCAACUGAUCAGGAUGACAUUUGCCAUAUGCCUCUGCAUGAGCGAGAUAUUGGAAUUUCUACGCAGCCAAAGUUAAUUAGUGAGCAUGAUCACAAAGAAAUACAAGAGAUAUCAUCUGUAACCUACACUCCACUGCUUGAGCAGGAGAGUGGAAUGGAAAUGGACCCAACUGAUAAGCAAAUCCCAGUCUCUGUUCUUGACUCAUUUUUGGAAGAGGAUCCUGUAACUUCAGCAAAGUGCUUAAUUUCUGCAGAUCCUGAGCUGGAGCCUAGAAGCCUCCACUUCAAGGAACCGGAUGAUUCACGCACUCUAGAGAAUCCAUUGGAUGCAGAAGUCUUUAGUCAGGCGGAAAUUAUUGAACCUAGUUCUGGUAAGAUACAGACAAAGGGCCUUACCCAUGUUGAUGCUUUUCACAUUCAAGUGGAUAAAGAGGAUGAGGCUGAGUUCAAUUAUGUGAGGGAUGUAUUGAAUAAAUCUGGUUUUAUUGGUGAGUUUCUUGGAACAUGGUACUCUCCCUACCUACAACUGGACCCCUUACGGCUUGGAGAGGUGGACGGCCUACCUCAUGAAUUUGACAUUGCAACAUAUAACCAUGACAUGUCUCCUGAUAACGAGCUUUUGUUUGAUCUAAUCAAUGAAGUUUUAUUGGAAAUUUAUGAAACAUCAUUUGCUAGUACCCCCUGGCUCUCGUGCUUUGGUUCUCAACGUAGACCAAUGUUUGGGGUAUGCAAUAUCCUUAAAGAAGUGUGGACAAAAAUUAGCUGGCGUCUUAGUUUACAAAAACAGUUAAAUUACACUCUUCAAAGUAUAGUGGCUCGAGAUUUUGCCAAGAAUGAUGGAUGGUUGAACCUCCAGUGGGAUGCAGAGUGUGUAGGGAUAGGGUUGGAGGAUCUGAUACUGGCUAAUUUGCUAGAUGAGCUUAUACUUGAGUUUGAUGAUACCUCAUAUCCUCAGUUUGUAUCUUCCUAGUUCAAUUGUGUGUUGUACAUAUUAGUAUAGAAAUAUUCUUUUCUCCAUUUUUCUUGUGUAACAUACAAGUAUUUUAUGCCAUUCUUCAUAUACAUCUGUACAGAUGUGAAGUGAAAUACCUGUACCAUAAUUUUGGAAAUGAAGAGUUGAAUUCAAAUGUUCUGUUG